AUGGUGAGAAACCUGCGAAACUUGAUAUUGCACUCUGCGGGAUACAGUCAGAUCAGUCGACGUCGGCGCACUCUCUUCCGAGCGGCGCUUGUGAUGACUACUAUGAAGAAGAGCGACGUAAUUCGCCUGGCUGAAGGAUGUAAAUGGGUCGAAUUGAGGUCCCUAAUAGAAAAGGACCCGUCAGCUGCCCAGGAGCGCGACCGGUUUGGCAUGAUCCCACUGCACUGGGCGUGCACCGACCCCAACACUCCGCAAGAUGUGCUCAUGCUGCUGCUCAAGGCGUACCCGGCAGGUGCACGGCUGAUGAACAGCGGAAAGAUGCUGCCGUUGCACAUUGCAAUCAAAGCCCAAGCCAGCAUCGAGUGGCUGCAAGCUCUGUUGGCCAACUACCCGGAUGCCGCCAUCGCCCUCACCCCUGCGAAGGAGGACGUGGUAGCCUUGGCCAAGAAGUAUAGAUUGCCCUCCAUUUCGAUCAACCUUCUCGAAGAGAUGCGAGAUCAUGUCCAAAAGACCUCUGGCUACAGAUCUGGCUCCCACACCACCGACGAAGAUGCUGAAGAUUUCGAUGACGGCAACCGUUCCGACAGCAUCCUCAUCACGACGACCUCUUCGCGUUUCGACGCUCGAUCGUACUCGACGGCGUCGUCGCGCCCAUACGAAUCAUUUUCGUCCGAGCAGCAUCAUUCGUUGCACAUGACCCCUACGGAAAUCGACGACCCAAUUACUGUCCCCAACACGUCCACGAGUUCGCAAGGGAUUUACACAGUGCCGCUGCCCCCUCGGUGGACAAAUGCCCCGACAUGCCACAUCUGCGCGUCCAAGUUUGGCACGUUCAAAAAGCGCCACCACUGUCGCAACUGCGGCCAGUCCAUUUGCACAGACCACUCGGCCAAACACAAAAUGAAGUUGCCCCACGUCGGCCUCACCACCCGCCAACGCGUGUGCGUGCUCUGCCAUGACAAGAUCACGAACGCGCCCGCCGCCGCCUUGAUGCACUCGACCGACACUGCCACCACCUCGACCACUUCUGCCAUCAACCUGUUCCCGUCCCAGCGCGCCUAUCCCCCGAUGCCAGCAUCGUCGCGAAGUCUCAUGCGACCAGUAGUGAUGACGACGACGACGACCCAGCCUUCCUUGCCUUCGUACGGGUACCAGCCCGUCGCGCCACAGCGGAGCGCCAGCUACGGCAGCAAAACCAACAUUAGCCACCUCUUCAACCCACAAAAUGCACACAAGGACAGCGUGAUCCAAGACAUGAACUUGCAGGUGCAGCUGCUGCAACAGCAAGUGACGAAACUGAUGGAGGAGAAGCAGCAAGCCGAAGAGGCGCUCCUGGUGACGCGGCGCCAGACUUCGAGUUCCGACGAUAACGCGACGCAGUCUGAACAGUUUCGAUCAGUGCAUUCCGACGUUGUUCGGCCGUCGUGGGAAGAGCCGCACUUCCCCAACAUCCCCGACGACCCGCCGCCGCCGCCGCCGCCGGUGGCUGUCCUUCCCCGAGAAACAUCCUUGACCGACCACGAUCUCUUGGGUGAUACGUACGCCCGCAACACGUACGACGACGCAGGGGAAUUCUAUCGAGAUUCGCGGUUCACGCUGGACGACCGAGACACGUUUUUCGACAAGUACGUAGCGCCACUGGCCGCUCGGCCGCUGCAGCAGCAGCAAGUACUGCAGGAGCUAGCUGAAAUUGAAGACGACAUUGAACGCACGUCCAUCGCCGACCAUGUCGGCCAACAUGAACAACCACAGGAGCAAGUUGCUGCAGAAGUAUCCCCAGAAGACGAAACCGAUGACGAUAUCCAAGAGGUAGACACGCUGCUAACAUUGGGCGUGGCCAUGCUGCAGCAAGGAUGUGCGAGCGGCGCCGUCGCCGCGUUUGAGCGGGCCGUGGAGCUCAUGCCCCUGGACCCCCUGCUACAUUCGUACUUGGGUACUUCGAAGGAGGAUACUGCAGUGUAUUGAGUUUGGAGGGUAUGUGUAGGCAAAGCGUGCUAUGAAGACGAAGACAUGGAUCGCGCGAUUGCUGCGAUUGAACGAUCCCUUGACCUUGAAGCGUCGGCCGCCAACUGGACCCUCCUGGGCAAAAUGUUGUUCGAAAAGGGCGACCACGACAAAGCCAUCGACGCGUACCAGCGGUCGCUGGAAAUGCAAAAACGAGUAGGGGCGUAGCGCAUCACACUAUAUUCUGUCGUUUAAAUAAAUAUUAUCCCCAA